AUGGUCGCAUCGUUCAACAUCUUCGAGGCGGAGUUUCGGGCCCGGGCAGCUGCUCUCGUUGCAGAACGCCGUGCACAACGUGAGCGUGAAGAUGCUGAAGUCGCGGCAGAGCUGGAGCGGCAGCGGCAGAAGAGGUCGCUGGCAAUUGCAAUCUUUCAGAAUGCGGUGGCCUCGAUUUAA